UUUACGUUAGGCUUAUUUGAUCGAAUAGAAGUUUCGUAAUGUUUAGGCUAUUACACAUAUAUUGAUAUAAGUGGAUGAACGUGGCAUUCUGGCAACUUUGAGAAAAACGACUUAGUUGUGCUUGUUAACACUCGUAUAUGCCCUCUCAUUGGCUAGAAUGGUCCCACCUGAUCGCGCCUGCCUUCAAUCAUUGAGGGCAUAUAUUUCCAUCGUUAAAGUGGUCACUCGGUUAUCUACUCAAAUAUAAUAUAUCAUCGAUAGUGUUCAGUUUUUCAAGAUGUCGUCGCUGGAACAGAGACUCUCCAGAAUCGAGGAGAAACUAAAGCAAGAAAAUAAAGAAGCUCGUAGAAGAAUUGACCUCAAUAUCGACAUGAGUCCACAACGUUCACGUCCGAGGCCAAUCAUCGUGAUCCAGCUCAGUCCUGCUCCAGCUCCUUCCCAGCGUGCAGCUCUUCAGCUGCCCCUGGCUAACGACGGAGGGGGGAGUCGCUCUUCGUCCUCUGAGAGCUCACCCCAGCACCAUUCCUACCCCAGCCGCCCGCGACACAUGCUCAACCUGCCCACGCCACAGUACGGCCUGGUGAAGAGCCUGGAGAAUGCAGAGAUAGACCAGAAGCUGCAGGAGAUCAUGAAACAGACAGGCUACCUAAAGAUCGACGGCCAGCGGUACCCAGCCGAGGUCAGUGACUUGAUCAGCGAGGGGGAGAUCGGCAGCGGCACGUGCGGUCAGGUGUUCAAAGUGCGCUUCAAGAAGACGGGCCACGUCAUCGCCGUCAAACAAAUGCGCCGGACAGGAAACAAGGACGAGAACAAGAGGAUUCUGAUGGAUCUGGAUGUUGUGCUGAAGAGCCACGACUGCCCUUACAUCAUCCAGUGCUACGGUGCCAUAGUUACCAACACGGAUGUGUUCAUCGCAAUGGAGUUGAUGGGGACGUGUGCUGAGAAACUCAAGAAGAGGAUCCAGGGGCCCAUCCCUGAACGCAUCCUGGGCAAGAUGACUGUAGCAAUCGUAUCGGCUCUGCUGUACCUGAAGGAGAAGCAUGGUGUGAUCCACCGGGAUGUGAAGCCCUCCAACAUUCUGUUGGACAACAAGGGCCAGAUCAAGCUGUGUGACUUUGGCAUCAGCGGACGACUCGUCGACUCCAAGGCCAAGACCCGCAGCGCCGGCUGUGCUGCCUACAUGGCUCCUGAGAGAAUAGACCCCCCAGAUCCCAGCAAGCCUGACUAUGACAUCCGAGCAGACGUCUGGAGCCUGGGCAUCUCUCUGGUGGAGCUGGCCACAGGACAGUUCCCCUAUAAGAACUGCAAGACUGACUUUGAGGUCCUGACCAAAGUGCUGCAGGAAGACCCUCCCUCGCUCCCCCUCAGCAUGGACUUCUCCCUCGACUUCCAGUCCUUCGUCAAAGACUGCCUCACAAAGGAUCACAGAAAAAGGCCAAAAUACCACAAGCUGCUCGAGCACAGUUUCAUUCGGCGCUAUGAGGUGCUGGUGGUGGACGUGGCGGGCUGGUUCCAGGCGGUGAUGGAGCGCACUGAGUCGCCGCGCAGCAGCCAAUGUUACAGCCAGCACCAGCUCCACUCGCUGUUCAGCAGGUAGCCCCCGGCUACUGGAGCCUGCAGCCGGGAGACCCCGGAGAGGGAUGGAGACACGGAGUAGGCCUAUAACCCUAGACAGACAGACUGGCUCGGUGAAUUGAUUGAUUGACUGAUUGAGUCUGGAUCAGGACAGACAGACACGCGGGAGAGUAGAGCUUCACACUGUAGUUAGGCGUCGUCAGAAGUCAUAUCAGCACAUGUACAUUAUCAUCGUGAACACCUCGGCACAUACUGUAGGUUACUCUAAUGCAUGCUCACUUUUCCAUCCAUUAGAUACUGACGUACCGUAGUGAUACUGUAAAUGCAUUUGUGUUUAAACGCAUACAGAAAUACUACUCACUCACUAGUCAUAUCUCACGCGCCUGUAUAAUCUUGUUCAGUUCCAGCUCAGGCCCUAGUCAUAGCUACGGGGUCUGACAACAGAGUAGUCAAUACACACUGGAGCUAAUUUCUGCUACAUCAUGUAGUGUUAAGACAAUGUAAAAGUCCCUACGGCAAGCCCAGAGGCCCAGUUUCAUCCGCAGUGAUGGCUAGGCUCAGAAGUGGAAGGUUCAGUGCAAAAUUCAGCCGGGUGUUUUAUUUCUAUACUUACUCUUCAACAGGUUGUGUAUGAGUGUGUGUGUGUACUAAGACACAAGUGUACGCUCACUAUUAUGGAUGGCAUAUAGCUGUCCCACUGUAGCUCUAACAGACCAACUAGACCCGCUGUAUUUGUUUCAGUCUGGAUUCAGUCUGGUUUUUAACCAUAGUUUUGAAAAUACUAUAGAUGACAGAAACAUUAACUUUGAUUCAAAUGCUUAGAGAGAAUAUCAACAAGUACAUGUUCUAGCAGCUUUGAAUUGGGAAAAACUGCAAAAAAUACGAAAAAAGUAGGGUUAUGCAUAGCUCUGUAGAAAAGGUGUUUUGUAUUUAUUUUCAGUUCAGGAUGGUUUUGAGUGGAACUGGAUAAUAGGUGGAGGGAUACAGAGGAGGAGAAAAGGAUGAGGGGAGAGGACAACAAAAGUCUGCCUUUUAUCGGACUUGGUUUACUGUAUUUACCCCAGCUGUUGUGGAGAAACUCAGUCAGGGAAACUGUACUGCCAGGUAGAUGAGAUUUAAAGCAGUGUUGCUUAUUGUUGAAGAGAAGUGUUACAAAAGAAAACCGUUUGGAGGGGAGGCGUGAGUUAUUUUUGUCAAGAGACAGGAGCUUGCCCUUUUACAAAUAAUACAAUAACAUAUUUUUGGCUGUGGAGCAUUUCAACCCUCCCUCUCUGCUCUUUCUCAAUGGCACUCAGACACUCACCCUCAUCUUUCUUUCAUUCUUUCUGCUGUUCCAUCUUUUAGAGGCUCCACAGUUUUGUCAAACCAAAGGUGGUAGUUGUCGGGUUGAGGGUGUCACACAAGGCCCUCUCGUUGCUCCUGACUGUUGCCUUCCCUCCUGCAGGGCCAGAGCCAAAGCCAGGUAGAGAAGACUACCCCCCCCUAGCAUUAGGAGUUUGCAAGAUGUCACUGACAGAUCUGGGAUCAAACUUCCCCAACACACACCAAGCCAAAUCCUAUGCUAGACACAGACACGAUAGGAGAGGGAGAUCAACGGUAUGUCAGAGAAAUGGAGAGAGGGAACCGGAAACGUCGACUAUGAAUAUGUGCAGAAGAAGAGCUAGGGAGAAGCAAGAUGAGGAAAGAGUUGGAUUAAAAAGUAUUUGGGAUGAAAGGAUGAGGUGAAAAGGAGCGGAGGAAGAGAAGGAUAAGAAAGUGAGACAGGAGGUCAAGAGGGGUACACGACAGAAAGUUAAGGGCCGUCUCGAGCUAGUGAGGGAGAGUGACUGAGCAGAAAAGUGAGUGUUUUGAUAACCGAGAGAUGUAAGGAGAGAUAUUUUGGAGCCCUAAAUUCAGCCAUAGGCAGGCAAUGGAUCAGAUGCUAAAGCUAGCUGGACAUUGUAAAAGCUUUCAAUGGUGUUGCACCAAUAUACCAAUUAUGAUUUUUAGGGAGUGAAUUAGGAUUUGUUUUGAUUGUUUGCUGUUCUAUUCAUUAUUGUAUCUUUCAUAAAAUAUUUAAUUAUUUAUUACAUUGCUACUACUGCUGCUAAAUUUUUGCUUUAGACUCUGCUGUCGAUAAUUGUCCCCCAAAGGACAAAUGCUUAUCUUUUUAAACCAAAUAAGUGAAGUAAUGCAAUGUCUUUACAAAUACCAAAUACAGAAAAGCAUGUCUGAUGGUGAAUGGUGUGAGGGAACACUGACAGAGAGCUAAACCUAUAGAUGAGUAGCAUAGGUUAACGUCACUAAACUAAUCCACACAGAUGAUGUACACCUCACACGUAUCUAACAAUGUAAUAGUAUGUUGUAGUCACAAUUAUAUCGCACUACAGCACCGCAAAGUCUAGUCGUUAUUAGUGAAGGAGUGUCCGUCUGUCCGUCCUGACCUGUGAACCUUGACCUUUUGCUCCCUGAUCUUGGACAUUGUAGUCCAGGGUCACCCUGAUUUAGAAUGGUCUGUCUGUCUGUCCGUCUGUCUGUCCGUGGGCCUCCUGGAAGCUCGACCCUUGACGUUACACACCAAAGGUGUCAUCAACGAAAACGAGUUAUUGAUCUUCUAAUUGAUUACUAGGACUACGAUAUAUUCAGAGUUUCUCUGUAGCUAGUGAGGGAUAGGGGAAGGGGGUGCUUUAGGGGUAGCAAUGCCUGUGUGUGUAGAAUACAGGGAGAGACUUGUACUCUGACAAAGCCUGGGCACAGCAAUCACACCCACUCAGCCAGACAGACCUAUUUACUGUGUAAACUGGUACUGUAAUAAGCCACUGCUCACCAUCACCAAGUCUUGGGAGAGUUCAGGAGAUUGGCUGUGUUGCAGGUAGAAUAUACAUGGUUCUCUUAUCGUUGUGGAAUAGAGAACAGUGUUGGUUCUUUGCGUUAUGUUUGUCUUUGCCCUAUAGGCAAUCAGGUAGUAAUGACAGACACAUUAUUAUACAAUCUAGGCUGCCUGGCCCACUUGCUAAAACAAAGUUUUAAAAUACUGACUUUAUGUAUUUCUAUUAGUACUAUUUACAUGCUCUCUACCUCUUGGGUUGUCCAAAAUCACUAGAAAGUGCACUCUAUUCCCCCAGUCUUGGCUGUCCAGUGCUGUGUCAGACCCAGUCUCCCACUGUCAACUUUCUCUUUUGUUUUGCUGUUAUCUGUUUAUAAGCACACACACGUGGUUUGAAAACACCUGACAGGUGACUGUGCCACUCUUCACCUUUCUGAAAACAGCAGGAACUUUUUGUUGUUGUUGGUUUAGUCCAUAACCGAAUGACUUGGGUGUUUUUAGUAGUGUGUUCGUAAAAUGUAUAAUAAUAAAAAAAAAGUUUGAAUACUAAUUCUAACCCAUUGCCAAGGACAGCGGUGGCGCGCCACACACACACACCAAAUGUAGGCUAUAGACAGUAUGUCCACAGUGGUGAUGAUUGACUGCCGUUUAGUGGCUUUGUGUGUUCUUAGCAGGCAGUGGCAAAGCCAGCGCUGUUAAAGAUGUACUCUGGUAGGGUGCCUCUGAAAUCACACCAUAUGUUGUGCAUUACUUUAUCACCAGGGCUCAUAAGACCCCUGGUCAAAAGUAGUGCACAAUGUAGUGACUAGGGUGCCAUUUUGGAUGCACGUAGUCUGCUGCUGCGCUGUACCUUGGGGGUGGGAGGGUGUGUCAUCGGCCCAUCUGUAAGUAAAACCAAAUAUCAUUUUCACUAUGCAGUCAUUCAAAUCUGUCAGCUUGCUGUACGUUAGGGAGUCCUCCUGUAUAUAAACAUAUGGUGAUGAAACUGGACUUGGUGACCAAUAUGAGAUCUUCUCCCUAGUACGGUUGAAAUCAUGCCUUCAGCUAGUCCAGAGGGAAAAUGAGUAAAGUGAGAGACGUGUUUUUGAGUGAGCUGACUAUUUAAGGAUUGUAUUGGGGUUGGGGUGGAGCCGUAGGGUUGUAGUUUUUGGGGUGGGUUAAAUGGGGUUUGUAGUUUGGGAGUUGUUAGUCCAAUGCUGUAAGUAUAUCAAUUGCAUGUUAUUGUCGCUGAUGUAACUGCUAUUGAUUUUAGAUUAUGUUUGGGGGGGGGCACAACUAUCUUUAUUUAUAAUUUUUUUACAUAUUCUUUUUUUGCCAAAUGUUUAAUUGUUUACUUAGGAAAAGACACUUUUGCCUUUAUGUUCUCUUGACUUGUUUUCAAUCUGCUAUUUGCAAUAUACAUUUUUACUUGUAUUGUCGUUUAGUUGGUUUCAUGGCGAGAAUGAGUUGUCAUUUGUGUAGAUCUUAGCAACAGACCAUUUUGUCUUUUUUUUGUCUGUUCUUAAAUGUGCCGUGUGUCUUUCAUUCAAUUAGCUGUGAGGAUGGAUGGAGGGCAAGGUCUGUGUACCAAAAGUCUAUGAUUAUUAUUCACCUUUUUCGUCCAUUUAAAAAGAAACAUUUUUACAACUUUUAUUAUAUUCAGGGAAAAGAUGACACCAAAUUGAAUAAAUACAUUUCCAGAUGAUCCUAGAGAGUGGUUGAGAUGGCAAGGGUGUGACAGUGUAGUUGAAGUCUUCUUUCUGUCGUUCCGGAACGCCGGGGUCAAAGUUGUCUUUUUCUCGCAAAGCGGAGCGAUCACAUUCACUGCUCCGUUUAGCCACUUCACGCUGUGUCGCUGUGAAACCUUGGUCCUCCGAUAUCCUCUUAACUGAAUUUGUUUUAUUUCUUUCAAUGAUCAAAAUAUAACGAUUGAUGUUUCUCGGUUUAAAUCUUUUGUGCCAUUUUAUUUUUUUAUUUCUACCCAGAAGUCCCACUUUGUUUUUGUGGUUCUCUGAUGCUGUAUUAAGCUGUAUGGUCAAACUAAUUUGACUACUUUUGAAAUGUCACCCUAUUCCCAAAAUGGUGCACCUAAAGUAGUGCACUACAUCGGGAAUGGGGUGCCAUUUGAGACGAAGCCAAUGAGAGAGCGUCUUAUUAAUGCUGAAAUAGUCAUGAAUGGCGUUUGCACUUGGGCAGUUUUUGAGUCGGGUUGGGAGCUCUUUCGGGUUGCAGACGUCCAGUUUGACCAAUCCCAGACCUGCGACUGGCAGAAAAAAACUGAUUUCAACAAUGUAUAUGUAUUUUCACUAUUUAUUUAUUAGUCUGUUUUUAUAUAUAUUUUAAGCCAAACAAGACACACAUGGUAAUGAGAAUUGUCUGUCAUUGGCCUUGCCGUUGAUACAAAAGCCAAAUAUCAAACCACACUAACCCACAGGAAACAUUGCUAUUAUAAUGGAGUGGUUUAUUAAAGUCUAGAUGCUGUAUGCUCUUUUAGUACUGGCUUGGCUGAGCUGUAGGAUGUCUGGCUUCAUGUUUGUGUACUUUAGUGUGUGUGCACUCAUUUAAUUGAAAUCCUGCUCAGUCAAGCCAAACAGAGGUUAUGGUUUAUAUCUUAACAUUUACAACAUGGGUGGUAUUAAAGAAAGUGCUAUGCUAACAACCACUUAAGUUAGCUCCUACUGUUUGAAACUUGGAUUGGUUUUACACAAGUAAUGAAUUAUCCUUCUGAAACAGACUAGCAGUCAACGUUUUACGCAUACUAUGACUGAAGUAAUAGUUUUCUAUUCCGAAGUGGACUGAUUGGCUCGUAUUUAACCUGCACUCUUGUAGCGAGGUGGAAACCGUUGGUAAAGAAUAAUUUGCUUGUUCCCUAGGGUUUCUAAAUGCAGUAUUGCAUGACUUGCUCGAUUUGAAAGUGGAAAAUGGUGUACUUUUUCCAUCUCCAUUGCAAUUCCAUGGCUUUUUGUUUGUAUGUAUAACUCAAAGGGUUUGUUCUGACGGUUGUAUCAAUCUACACAGCUACUGUCUCACUCUGCUUUUCGCUGUCUUUUCAUUUUCCGUUUCAUUUCCUGUAUUUCAAACAGAAUAAAUGCCAUUAUAUUGUGAAUACCUCAGGAUUUUUUUGGAGACAAAUCAAAUAAAGAAAAGAAAAGUUGCA